AUGCCACCUAAAAAGAACAAGCAAAAUGCUAGCAAUGAAGAGCCUACAUCUGGGGAAGCUCAACCAGAUCUUGCAAAUGACGUCGCUUCUGAAGCACCAAAUGAUGAGGAAGCUACACCAAGUGGGGGAUUAAUGGCCAUGAUGCGAAAGAGACAAAAAAAAAAGAAAGCUGGCUCUAAUUUUCUAGAAGGGGAAGACCUCCCUGAGACUAAGACCUCUGACCUUCCUGACAAGGCCCCGCUGGAAGCUUCUGUUGCAGAUGAAUUUGAGCCUCUAGCAGAAAAAAGCAAACGUCAACCCAAGUCAAUCAAUCGUGAGAAUGAAGAUGUACCCGGUGAGGAAGGUGAUGGUGGAAAGAUCCUGACAAAGGCCCAAAAAGAAAAGCUUAAGAAGGAGCGAGAAAAGCAGAGAAAGAAAGAUAAUGCUGCUAAGAAGAAAACUCCGGGCUCAACUGUCCAGCCAUCUACCGAACCCGAAAAACAAGUUGUUGAAGUGGCCGAAUCACCAGCCCCAGCUAAGUCAAUAGCUGGUGGAAAAGGCAAAAAACUGCCUGCUGCUCUAGCUAAACUACAGGCACAACAAGAAAAGCUGAAGCGAAUUGAGGAAGAAAAGGCUCGAUUGAUAGCAGAAGAAAAGGCUAGGAUUGAAGAGGAAAUCCUUCGAGAAGCUGAGGAAGAAAAAAAACGAGAAGCAGCCAAAGCUCUUAAAAAACAGAGAGAGAAAGAGAAAAUUGAACAACAAAAAAAGGAUGGCACAUAUCUAACCAAAGCUCAGAGGGACGAGAAGCUUCGGAAUGAGAUGAAGCUGAACCAGAUGAUUGCUGCUGGUGUCAAAAUCGGCGGUACGGAAGCCGCCGAAAAGAAGAAACCAAAAUACGAUAAGAAGAAGAAGACUGGUCGCAAGAAUCCAGAAGAGGCUAAACUUGAAGAAGAAAAGCUUCUAUCCGAAGCAGCAGAACGAGCCAGAAUUGAGGCAGAACAAAGGAUUGCAGAAGCGGCUGCUAAGGCUCAAGAGGAGUCAGCCGAAGCAGUUGCUAUCAGUAACGAUGGGCUCAAAGAAAUCGAUGACUGGGAGCUAGCUGCUGACGAAUCUGAUGAUGUCAAGGAAAAUUGGGAUUCUGACACUGAUGAGGAAAGAGAAAGAACGAAAGCCGCAAAAGCUAAUGAAGCCGCCACAAGCAAUGAAGAUGAUUCAGAAUCCUCAGAUUCAUCCUCGGAAGACGAAAAUACAACGGCUGCUCAAGCUGCUGCCCUCGCAAGAAAACAAGAAGCAGCAGAGAGGAGAUUGAAAGCUCAUGAAGCUGCUUUGGCAGCUCAAUCGAAGGACAACCUCCGAUCCCCUAUCUGCUGUAUCCUAGGGCACGUAGACACUGGGAAAACCAAAUUACUAGAUAAGAUUAGGCAGACAAAUGUACAGGAAGGAGAAGCAGGAGGUAUAACGCAACAAAUUGGCGCCACCUAUUUCCCAGUUGAAGCUAUUAAAGCUAAGACUGCCGUUGUAAACAAGGAUAAUUCAUUCGACUUUAAAGUUCCCGGCCUACUAGUUAUUGACACCCCUGGCCACGAGUCAUUCUCAAAUCUUCGCUCUCGUGGUUCAUCAUUAUGUAAUAUUGCCAUUCUUGUGGUCGAUAUUAUGCACGGAUUGGAGCCUCAGACUCUAGAGUCAAUGAAGUUGCUCCGGGAUCGAAAGACCCCUUUUAUUGUUGCGUUGAAUAAAAUAGAUCGACUCUAUGGUUGGAAAAAGGUCGACAACAACGGAUUCCAAGAGAGUUUCGCUCUACAAAAUAAGGGCGUACAAAAUGAAUUUCUUAAGCGCUUGACUGACACAAAAGUCGCAUUUGCUGAACAGGGUUUCAACGCAGAGGUAUUUUAUGAAAAUAAAUCGAUGGCCAAAUUUGUAUCCCUAGUUCCAACCUCUGCUCACACCGGAGAAGGUAUCCCUGAUAUGUUAAAACUUAUAUUACAAUUAACUCAGGAAAGAAUGGUUGGAUCACUAAUGUACCUAUCUGAGGUUCAAGCUACGGUAUUAGAGGUUAAAGCUAUUGAGGGGUUUGGAAUGACCAUAGAUGUUAUUCUUUCAAAUGGUAUUCUUCGUGAAGGCGAUAGAAUAGUUCUUUGUGGUGUAGAUGGUGCUAUCACAACAAACAUAAGGGCCCUACUAACACCAGCGCCACUUAAAGAAUUGCGUCUUAAGUCUGCCUAUGUCCACAAUAAAGAAGUAAAAGCAGCCCUUGGUGUCAAAAUUAGUGCACCUAAUCUUGAAGGAGCCAUAGCUGGCUCAAGGUUGAUGGUCGUCGGUCCAGACGAUGAGGAGUCCGACAUCGAAGAAGAAGUUAUCUCAGAUCUUGGAGCUCUCUUUAGUCGAGUUGAAAAAUCAGGACGAGGAGUUACUGUUCAGGCGUCAACACUAGGCUCGCUUGAAGCUUUACUGGACUUUCUUAAAUCUUCGAAGAUUCCUGUUGCUAAUGUUGGAAUUGGGCCUGUAUUCAAGCGGGAUGUCAUGAAUUGUGGCACCAUGCUCGAGAAAAAUGCUGAGUACGCUGUCAUGCUUUGCUUCGAUGUCAAGAUUGACAAAGAAGCCCAGCUAUACGCUGAUGAACAAGGAAUCAAGAUUUUCACUGCAGAUAUUAUUUACCACUUGUUCGAUGCAUUUACGGCACACAUGGCCCUCAUUGCCGAGAAAAAGAAAGAAGAAUCAAAAAUGGAUGCUGUAUUUCCUUGUGUCCUCAAUGCUGUAGCAGUGUUUAACAAGACUGAUCCAAUCGUUGUCGGUGUUGAUGUUGUUGAGGGUAAUCUCAAAUUACACACCCCUAUCGCGGCUGUAAAGACAAAUGCAGUUACAGGGGCCAAGGAAAUAAUUCAGAUCGGCAGAGUUACUGGGAUUGAACGAGAUCACAAGCAAAUUACUAUCUGCAAGAAGGGACAGCCAUCAGUUGCAGUUAAAAUUGAAAUGGGCGGACACCAGCCGACCUAUGGCCGUCAUCUAGAACAAAAGGACAUGCUCUACUCGCUUAUUAGCAGGCGAAGCAUUGACACACUCAAGGAAUUUUAUCGAUCCGAUGUAACCACCGACGAGUGGCUCCUCAUCAAGAAGUUAAAACCUCUUUUCGAUAUCCCAUAA